AUGGCUGGUCUGAAGGUGGAUUAUCCCACGUUCCCAGCUGCCGCAUUUCUAGCAUCAUCCUCUGAAGCUGACCACCGCUGGAGACAAGAUAUUUCUCUAGCUGGAUCUCAGGUCUCUGGUACGUUACAGUUGUGUCGCCAUUAUUCAGAUUUGCCACCUCUUACUUUGGAGAGUAUCCAGGAGCGUGUUCUGUAUGUCUUGAAAUUGUAUGAUAAGGUAGAUCCAGAAAAGCUCACAGUAACUGCCCACUUCAUGAAAGAUCUGGGCUUGGACAGUUUAGACCAAGUGGAGAUCAUCAUGGCCAUGGAAGAUGAAUUUGGGUUUGAAAUUCCUGACACGGAAGCAGAAAAGCUAAUGUGUCCACAGGAGAUUGUAGAUUACAUUGCAGAUAAGAAGGAUGUGUAUGAAUAAAGACAUUUCUUUGAAGCGGAGAAAUUCUCUUCUACUGUGAAGACUGGGAUGAUAUCAGCGGUUGUGUGAAUGUAAGCGCACAUUAUUGUACCAUUGCUGCAGUCGUUCUGUUGGACAUUGUAUUUAAUGUCGUCUGAAUAUGUGUUGGCCUUCACAAAAAUAAAUAUAGAAGACCAUUA